GGUUUUCCGACCCGAGUAAGGCAGGGUUUCCCCUCCCUAGGUCGCGUCUCUCUCUCGCUCUGUCUCUGUAAUUCUCUCUGCAAUUCAAAUGGGAAGCGACCGGAAAUCCGAGGAGAAGAAGAAGAGUAGGAAAAGGAGCCCCUCUUCAUCUUCCGAAGAUGAGGGAAGAGGCAAGAGGCAGAGAACAGGAGAAGAUGAGGACAAGAAGAGCAGGAGGAGUGAUAAAAAGGACAAGUCAAAGGACAAGAAAAAAUCUCAUAAGCACCCAAAACACCGUUCCGAUAAGGAAAAGAAGACAAAAGAUAAGCACAAAAGUAAACACCACAAAGGCGAUCGCCUCUCGAAAAUUGACUUCCAAGAGCUGUCGAAUGAUGACUAUUUCCUCAAGAACAAUGAGUUCUCUACGUGGCUGAAAGAAGAGAAAGAUGUGUUCUUCUCCGAUCUUUCAUCAGAGUCCGCACGCCAACUAUUUGCAGACUUCGUGAAAGUUUGGAACAAACAAAAACUUGAAUCCAAGUACUACGAGGGGAUCGCAAGUGGGCCCCGGUGUGCCCAUGCGUGGAAAAUUAAAGGAUGAAUUGCAAGAGCAGUGGAUGAUCUGGUUUUACCUGUUCUGUGUUGUUUAUCAGUUAGGUUUUCUGUCUACUCAGGGAUGGUUUGGUGUGACUAAAGAUCAAGAUGAAGUCACGUGUGUGUAGUUUUAAUCUUCCUUUCUUACCAUGGUGUUUCUACAUGGCAUUUGUUAUCCAUCAUAUCAAGCUCAAGCUCGAGCUCAACGUUACCUGCCCAUUUUGGAUCAUGAGAUAGCCUAUUAGCAUCCAACGAGAUGAACUUUAACUGAUAUGAUAUGUACACAUUAUGCGGUACAAAAAUACGAUUAGGGGCCAAAUGACACUUAGGCCAUCUCUGAAGGAGGGCUAAAGGGUCAUGUUUAGCCUAUAGCACUGCAAGAAAUUAUAUUGUAAUGAACAGUAUCAUGUUAUAUUUUAUACCAUUUCCAACA